AUGAAUAUAAAAAGUUAAGUGCCCUCAUCUUCUUUUUUUGAUGUUUCUAAAGGCUCUUUAUGGCUGAACACAACUGCUUCUCGUAAUAUAAGUGAAUCCAUAUAAGAAAAUUUCUAUAUUUAUUCUUCCAAACAUCAAACAUUCAAAAUCAAAACAUUAUACCUACAAGGUCAUUACAUCUUUCGAAAGAAAAAAAAUGUAUAACUGUUUAAUUUAUUCUUAGGGUUAAAAUAAAAUUGCAGACAUCUUAAAUGCAACCAUUUGUGAAAUCGAGUAACCAAAUUUAGGAGCAGGAAUUAAAAUUAUUAAAGCAGGAUAAAUUAUAGAAAUUUAUGGAAUGAUUAUGAAUUGGCUUUCGUAACUCAAACUUUAUUGUAUUUAACAAGAUUUUACAAGUAAAUAUUCAAUUAUUACUUUACUUGGUUAAGGAACAUUUGGAAAAGUAUUAAAUUAUUUUAUAAAUCUUAGGUUUAUAAAAUAAAAUCUAGAACUACUCAAUAAAAUUAUGCUGUUAAAGUUUUCGAAAAGAAAACCUUAAUAAAUUAUUAAGACUAUUUAGUUUUAACAAAAGAAUUAUAAAUAGUUCGUAUUUUGAAUCAUCCAGCGAUAACUCAUUUCUACGAAACUUUUGAAAAUGCUGAGUUUAUUUUUAUUGUUUAUGAAAUGAUAGAAUAAGGAGAGCUUUCCUAAUUAAUUAAAGAAAGAUAUCUUUCUGAGGAAGAAUGUCUUUAUAUUACUAAAUAAUUACUAUAAGGAUUAUUAUUUAUGCAUUCAUAAGGCAUUCUACAUAGAGACUUGAAACCUUCAAAUAUUUUAUUAAAAGAUAGAAACUCUUUUUAAAUUGCAAUUACAGACUUUGGUUUAGCUGAUUUCUAUAAAAUAGAUGGAAAGUAUAUUUAUACAAGAUGUGGAACUCCUGGAUUUGUGGCACCUGAAGUACUUUAAGAUAAGAUAUAUGAUUACAAAAUUGAUAUUUAUAGUGUAGGUGUCAUCUUAUUUAUGUUAUUAACUGGAGGAAAGUCUCCUUUUUAGGGACCUGAUCCUGAUGAACGAUUAUAUUAAAAUUACAAAGGAUCAGUAGAUUAUUCUUUAUUACCAAAUUUGUCUGAAAAAACAUUUAAUUUGUUGCAAUCUAUGCUUGAAUUAGAUCCUUAUAAAAGAAUAUCAGCAAAAGCUGCCCUUAAUCAUUAAGCUUUUCGAAACUUUAAAACUAAUAAAUUUUCAUUAAUUCUAAAUAAAACUCCUAAAUGCAAUGAUAAAAUAUUCAGUUCCAGACUCAAAAUAAAUACUAAUACAAAUUUAGAUAAAUAUUUACAAUUAACACCAAGAACUUUAAAUAUUUAAUAAAAGCCAGUCAAUAAUAUGAAGAAAGAAGCAAUUAGAAGAGGCUUUAAAAAAAUGGAAACUUUUUCUCAUAGAUCCCCUUAACUUUCUCCAAUUAAAACUUUAACGAGAUUCGAACUAUUUCCAUGA